GUUCAGUAGUUUAUUAGGUUAUAUAUAUACCUAUAUAGAUUAAUAAUUAAUAAAAUGUGCCCUAUAAAUGGAUUUACAUGUAUUUGCCUAAUCUUUGUAAUUGUCUAUGGUAUUGGAUUAGUAAUUUUUCUAAGCGAUUUUGAAGAAAAUAAAUGUGAGAUGACUUAUAUGUUUGAAUAUCCAAAGUUUGUUAAAAUUUCGAACAAAAAGGAUGAGCAGUUUAUAAAAUAUGGAUUAUAUGCAUAUAGUGAAGGAACACUUACCACAAAGGUUAGAAGUAUGCGUUUUGAUGGAAUUCCAGUAUUAUUUAUACCUGGUAAUAGAGGAUCAUAUAAACAAGUUCGUUCCCUCUCAUCAGUGGCAUUGCGAAAAGCUUUAAGUUUAAGGUCUUACCAUUUUGACUAUUUUACAAUGGAUUUUAAUUCUGAAUUAAGUGGCGUAUAUGGACCUCUACUGUAUGAUCAGCUUAAAUAUAUUAAGUAUUCCCUGAAUCGAAUAUUUGAAUUGUAUAGAGAGGGAAGCAAACCAAAUUCUAUUAUUAUAAUAGGACAUUCUAUAGGCCCCAUUAAUACUACCUCGUGUGAUUCCGAGGAUUGGUUCAGGUCCCUGACCAGGUCCCCUAGAUCCAAGAUGAGCCAGUUGCGAGCUCGUUACCAGGAACCCAAACCAAGUCUACCUCUCUUCCCACAGUUCCUUACCUGCUCCUUGCCAAGAUAG